AUGGCGCCUCAUGAAGUUGGGGGAAAGCCCAAGCCCAAGCACUCUGGGCGGGGUAAGCAAGAUGUGCGGUCACUUAAAAGAAAGCGCGAUGGUGAAGAUAUUGAAAAGCUUCAGCAGUCAAUUGAAGCACUGGACCCAAAAGCCGAGAUAAAAGAAUUUUCUGAUCUCCCGUUAUCACAUAUCACUGCCAAAGGCCUCGACGCAUCUCGUUUCACAACAUUAACUGAUAUUCAAUCGAAAUCUCUACCGUUUGCGCUGAAAGGCCGCGAUAUCCUGGGAGCAGCGAAGACUGGAAGUGGGAAGACUUUGGCCUUUUUGGUCCCCGUACUGGAGAAUCUAUAUCGGCAGAAAUGGACAGAGCUAGAUGGCCUAGGUGCUCUAAUCAUAUCGCCAACGCGAGAAUUGGCGAUCCAAAUAUUUGAAGUCCUUCGAAAGAUCGGGCGAUACCAUACUUUCUCAGCAGGCCUCGUGAUAGGCGGCCGGAGUCUACAAGAAGAAAAGGAACGGCUAGGCAAGAUGGAUAUACUUGUCUGCACUCCCGGUAGAAUGCUACAGCAUAUGGACCAGACGGUGGAUUUCGAGGUGAACAAUUUGCAGAUGCUAGUUCUUGACGAAGCCGACCGAAUUAUGGAUAUGGGUUUCCAAUCAUCAGUCGAUGCUAUAGUCGAGCAUUUACCUAAGCAAAGGCAGACGAUGCUUUUCAGCGCAACCCAAACCAAGAAAGUCUCUGAUCUGGCUCGAUUAAGUCUACGAGACCCUGAAUAUGUUUCUGUUCACGAAGCCGCCGCUAGUGCUACUCCCACGAGUUUGCAACAAUUCUACGUUCUCACGCCUCUUGCUGAGAAAUUGGACACCCUUUUCAGCUUCAUCCGGUCUAAUAUUAAAGCUAAAAUCAUAGUCUUUUUAUCUUCUGGAAAGCAAGUGCGUUUUGUUUACGAAAGCUUUCGUCACCUACAACCCGGAAUUCCGCUACUACAUCUUCAUGGCCGACAAAAACAGGCUGCUAGACUAGAUAUCACGUCGAAAUUCUCGGCAUCGAAAAACUCUUGCAUCUUCGCUACAGAUGUUGUUGCACGAGGUCUAGAUUUCCCGGCUGUCGACUGGGUCAUUCAGUUGGACUGCCCAGAAGAUGCCGAUACUUACAUUCAUCGAGUUGGGCGCACAGCUCGCUAUGAAAGGGCAGGAAAGGCGGUUUUAUUCCUGGACCCAAGUGAAGAGGAGGGCAUGCUGAAAAGACUGGCGCACAAGAAAGUCCCAGUCCAGAGGACCAAACCACGGGAAAAGAAACAACAAAGUAUCAAGAAUCAGUUACAAAACAUGUGUUUCCAGGAUCCUGAGCUCAAAUAUCUUGGUCAAAAGGCGUUUGUCAGUUAUACCCGAUCCCUACAUAUCCAGAAAGACAAGGAGGUUUUCAAGCUCAGCGAGUAUGAUUUGGAAGGUUACGCUGCUAGCAUGGGUCUGCCUGGCGCGCCGAAGAUCAAAUUCCAGAAGGGAGACGACGCUAAAAAUGUUAAAAAUGCACCGCGGGCACUGCUCUCGAGCGAUGACGAGAGCGAAGCUGAGGCUGAGACUGAGACUGAAAAGACGAAGGGGAAGAAGGGCGAAGUCCGGACGAAAUACGACAGAAUGUUUGAACGUCGCAACCAAGAUGUUCUUUCGGGUCAUUAUUCAAAGCUGGUUGCAGAUCACACAGUCGGUGAUUCCCAUGCCGAUGCUGAUGAAGACAAUGACUUCUUGUCGGUAAAACGAGUUAUCCCACUAGACGACGAAGAUAUCGGGGAUGCAUCUACCGACCUGCCGGCCUCGGGGCCUGCAGCAAAGGUCAUACCAGGCAUCGGCAAAGAAGCGAUCGUGAUAGAUUCGAAACGAAGAGAGAAACUUCUGAAGUCGAAAAAGAAACUUCUCAAGCUCAAAGACAAAGGCACCAAGCUGGUAUUUGAUGCAGAGGGCAACCCACAUCAAAUGUACGAACUGGAAGACGAAGAGGACUUCCAGAAACGAGGACCCGCCGAAAUCCAAAGAGCCAAGUUCUUGGAGGAGGAGGCUAUACGAGUUCAGGAAGCAGAUCUUGAUGACAGAGAGCUGGCAAAGUCCAAGAAACGGGAGAAGCGUGAAAAGAGGAAGGCCCGGGAAGCGGCGGACAUGGCUGGGUCAGAUGAGGACGUACCUGGCCUGGUUGCCGCAAAUAGUCGUGGUCAGGACGAUGCAAUGGAGCUUCUUGCAUCGCUGCCGUUAGCUGAUGAGGAGGAGGGCAGGGCGACGAAAAGACCCAAGAAAUGGUUCGAGGAUGACUCGGAUGAUGAAAAGAAGCGAUCCAAGAAGAAAGCUCGUGUCCUUGAAGCUCCCGAUGAGCCCGAGACACUGGAGGAUUUGGAGGCGCUUGCAGCUGGUCUUCUGGAUUGA